GCGGAGGCGACACGGCUUCUGCCCAGGCGCUUCCUCGACGGCGGCAGAGAAGCGACCAGGCAGGCAGGCAGGCAGGAAAGCGCAGCUCCGGGCACAGCAUGGGCAGCCUCCGUGGGGCCGGCGCCCCUCUCCUCGUCCCCCUCCUGGUCCUGCUCCAGGCGGCGCUCCAGGGCGCCCAGACCCGCGAAGUUGUCCUACUGGACUUUGCCAAGGCACAAGGGGAUCUGGGCUGGCUUAAUCAUCCCUACGGCACGGGGUGGGAUCUUCUCCAGAACGUCAUGAACGAGUCCCUCAUCUACAUCUACUCGGUCUGCAACGUGAUGGAAGCGGAGCAGGACAACUGGCUGCGGACCAACUGGAUCUACCGCAGCGAAGCUCAGCGCAUCUUCAUUGAGCUCAAGUUCACAGUCCGAGACUGCAACAGCUUCCCCAGCGCGACCGGCACAUGCAAGGAGACGUUCAACCUCUUCUAUGCCGAGUCGGACGUUGAUUACGGCAUCAAUUUCCAGAAGCGCCAGUUCCGCAAGAUCGACACCAUCGCCCCAGACGAGAUCACGGUGCGGGAGGACUUCGAGACACGCAAUGUCAAGAUCAACAUGGAAGUGCGCUCGGUGGGGCCCCUCACCCGAAAGGGCUUCUACUUGGCCUUCCAAGACAUUGGGGCUUGCGUGGCCCUCCUGUCCGUCCGGAUCUAUUACAAGAAAUGCCCUAAAGUCUUCCGCAACAUGGCGAGCUUCCCCGAGACCAUUGCUGGCGCUGACUCGCAGGCCUUGGCGAAGGUGUCGGGCGAUUGCGUCAAGGAUGCCUUGGCCAACGAGGACCUGUUCAUGCAUUGCAACUCGGACGGGGAGUGGUUGGUGCCCAUUGGCGAAUGCCGCUGUCGCGAGGGCUAUGAAAAAGACGGGGACAGCUGCAGAGCUUGCCCACCUGGGUUCUUCAAAGAGGACAUCUCCAACAACGCCUGCUCAAAAUGUCCCUUGCACACCUUGCCAUCUUCUGAAGGUUCCACCUCGUGCCCUUGUGAGGAAGGCUAUUUUCGGGCUCCGGCUGAUCCUGUUUCCCUGUCAUGCACUAGACCCCCUUCUGCUCCCCAUGGUGUCACAGCCAUAGGCUUGGGUGCCAAGGUUCAACUACGCUGGUCCUCACCUCGGGACACAGGUGGCCGCAAGGACAUCACAUACAGCGUGUCAUGUGAGCAGUGCUGGCCGGAGUCAGGAGAGUGCCGCCCCUGCGACGCCACACUCCGGUAUUCAGAAAACCCUCACAACAUGGCCGGCACUUCCCUGACCAUCAGCGAUUUGGAGCCACACGUUAACUACACCUUCACGGUAGAGGCCCAGAACGGAGUGUCCUCCUUCAGCCCACGGCGCAGCUACGGCGUCACCAGCAUCAGCGUCAACCAGACGGAACCUCCCCGAGUGACAUCUGUGACCAUGGAUGGCCGCACCACAACCAGCCUAAGCCUUUCCUGGACUGUCCCACCCCGGCAGCAAAGUCAUGUCUGGAAGUACCAGGUCACUUACAAGAAGAAGAAGGAUGAGAACAGCUACUCGGUACUGCGCUGCGAAGGGAGCUCUGUGACCCUUCCUAAGCUCACCCCUGGGACCAAGUACUUGGUGAGCGUCCAAGCGCUGACCCAGGAGGGUCAGGGAACCAACAGCAUGGAGCACGAGUUCGAGACGCUUGAUGAACGUUCUGAUGGCACAAACACCGCUGCAGUUAUUGGGGGUUCUAUUGCUGGCUUCGUUGUCACGGUCGUGGUGGUGGGGCUGAUUGUCGUGCUCAUUCGCCGAAGGAAAAAGAACUCAAGGGCCCGGCAGACACCAGAGGAUGUUUAUUUCUCCAAGUCUGACCAGCUCAAGCCUCUGAAGACGUAUGUGGAUCCCCACACCUAUGAAGACCCCAAUCAGGCAGUCCUGAAGUUCACAACUGAGAUUCAUCCUUCGUGCAUCUCCCGGCAGAAAGUCAUAGGGGCAGGUAGGGUGCCUUCCAUCCACCUUGCACAAUGCAGUUGGCUGAUGGAGGUGGAGAGCGUGUGUCUUCUCCCCUUGCAGUCAAGGCUAGUUUCAGAAGGAGCUUUCGGAAAGGGAAAUAGUAAUGCUAACUUCGAUCUUCAGGUUGAAGCUGCCCCUACUCAUCCACCCUGUAGUUAUUUGAAAAGAGUAUUAAACACUUCCACUUUUUUUUCUUUUUUGCCAGGUGAGUUUGGGGAAGUCUACAAGGGAACCCUGAAGAACAGCAAGAAGGAGAUCCCGGUGGCCAUCAAGACGUUGAAAACUGGCUACACAGAGAAGCAACGCAUCGACUUCCUGAGCGAGGCGAGCAUCAUGGGCCAGUUUAACCACCACAACAUCAUCCGCCUAGAGGGAGUUGUCUCCAAAUAUAAGCCGUUCAUGAUCAUCACAGAGUACAUGGAGAAUGGUGCCCUUGAUAAAUUUCUGCGGGAAAAAGAUGGGGAAUUCUGUGUUAUUCAGCUGGUGGGCAUGUUGAGGGGUAUUGCCUCUGGUAUGAAGUACUUGGCCAGCAUGAAUUAUGUCCACCGGGAUUUGGCUGCCCGCAACAUCCUUGUCGACAGCCAGCUCGUCUGCAAAGUCUCUGACUUUGGUCUCUCCCGCGUCCUGGAGGAUGACCCUGACGCCACCUACACUACAAGCGGUGGGAAAAUCCCAAUCCGGUGGACGGCACCAGAGGCUAUCUCUCAUCGCAAGUUCACCUCGGCUAGUGAUGUCUGGAGCUACGGAAUAGUGAUGUGGGAGGUGAUGUCCUAUGGUGAACGGCCUUACUGGGAGCUCUCCAACCACGAGGUGAUGAAAGCAAUUAAUGAAGGCUUUCGGCUCCCAGCACCCAUGGACUGUCCUUCUGCCAUCUACCAGCUGAUGAUGAGGUGCUGGCAACAGGAGAGGAGUCACAGACCCAAAUUCAAUGAUAUUGUUAGCAUCUUGGACAAGCUCAUCCGUGCUCCUGAAUCACUCAAGACUUUGGCUGAGUUUGACCCUCGGAUCUCCAUUCGCCUACCCAGCACCAGUGGCUCAGAAGGGAUCCCUUUCCGAACUGUGGCCGAGUGGCUGGAAUCCAUCAAAAUGCACCAGUAUACAGAGCACUUCGUGGGCGCUGGGUACAAUGUCAUUGAGAAGGUGGUGCAGAUGACCAAUGAGGAUAUCAAGAGAAUUGGGGUACGCCUGCCAGGACACCAAAAGCGCAUUGCCUACAGCCUCAUGGGAUUGAAGGAACAGGUCAGCACCAUUGGCAUUCCAAUCUAAGGUGGACAGAUCUUGCUUUGUAUCCUUGCCCAAAUUCAGCUCCCCAGUGGCCAGGCCAAGAACCAUUGGGCCGUUGUACUUCCUGAUACAUACUUGAAGUGGAGAAUUCAGGAGAACCUCUCUCACCAAGGAUGCCGACUGCCAAAGAAGGAGUCGGGUGUCUGCUUUCCACUGUGCUUCCUCAGCAUAGCUCCAUGUUUUAUUGCCUGGCCUCAUAACUGCUCUUGUCUGCUGGAAAUAGUAACGCUGCGGUGCUGGAAGUUUUCAGACGAGGCAUUGGGCUGUGCCACAUGCUGACGCCAAGCGGAUCUGCCAAAAGCCACAUUUCAUUCCUCGUUCCUCUCUCCUGGCUUGGACAGAUCCUGGGACUUCUGGACGCCUAGUGCCACCCCUUCCUGCCAUCUGGCUCCCUUCUGUUUACAGCCCUGCAACACAGAAGACCAAAGCAUCCCUAGAGCUGUUCAUCCCAUUGCCAGCUCUGCCAUCUUGUCUCCUAGAAACCUGCAGGCCCAAUGCCAUAUUUAUUUACCUAUUUGAAAGCCCAAACCUCAACUGGUUAAGACUCUGUGGAUUUUGGGAGGUGGGAGAGUUUCCUCAUGCCACAGCAACGUUGUUGAACUUUUUUGGACGCUGAACCAGUUGCUCUGUUCAGUCACAGAUGGGCUCUUCCUUUGUUCUACCUUUUUAAGAAGCCAAACGUGGUUGGAUCUGCCUUGUGCAGAGUCCCCUCUGGAAUUUGCGAGUUUCAGCUUUGAAGUGGUUGUGCCAGGGAUGACCGAAAAUGACUCUCCACAGAGUCAUCUCAGUGUUUCCUGCUCUCUAUUUAUUCAUCUUUUCCAACUGCUGCCCUUUCUCCCCGUUCCUAUAAUGCACUCUUGACUUAUUGACAAUUGUUCUCCUUUCAUAUUACUUCAAUUUUUAAUUUAUUUUUUUAUAUUUAUUGAUUUUUUUUUUAAAAAAAGCAAGACUUUGCUGUUAAGGGUUAUCAUGCACAACUUGAACAAAAAUGUUUACCUUGUGUGCAUGGAUAUUUCUAGCUUUAAUAAAAUAUUUUUAUUCUUGUUUUGUUGUGUAAACUGCACUGUAUGGAAUGAAAUGUGAGCACAUACUGUUAACUACCUUUAAGGAGCUGGCUGUUGGCCACCGUUACUAACGGGCUUCCCAAAGGCAUCUAGUUGGCCAUUGUGAGAAUAAGAUGCUUGACUAGAUGGGAUUUUGGCCUGAUGUAAGAGCCAGUUUCACUGUUAGGGCUUAAGACCAGCUUCUAGAAUGUUAUAGGUCCAUCUCUUGCAUUGAGGUUCUUUCUCGAGUCCAUUUAGGUGAUGUGGAAAUUUAAUAAACCUUUCUUGCAGAAGUCA